CGCAAAUUACAUGACAUACACUUCUUCGUCCUUUUUAUUUUCGAACAAAUCUGUGAGCGGAAUAUGUUUUCAAAGCGUCUAGUUUUGAGCCAGAGAGGCUGUCGUGCGGCGUUUUUCGGGCUUCAGAAUGUUCAAAGAGGCUUCGCUACUUCUUCAGGACCUCUACUGCAAAAGACAGCACCUCUUGAUCCAGGACUGGAAAUGCCACAAUGUGAUUAUGAACCUGAACAGUACCAGGGAAUCUCAUUUGAACAUGCUAAAGAAGUGAGGAAAACCUAUCUGAAUCCAGCUUUGUUUUCAUAUUACAAGGAACCAGUGUUUAUUUGCAAGGGUCACAUGCAGUGGCUCUGGGACAGUGCUGGAAAAAGAUACUUGGAUUUAUUUGCUGGUAUUGUGACAGUCAGUGUAGGACAUUGUCAUCCUCAUGUGACCAAAGCUGCAAAAGACCAGUUGGAUAAAUUGUGGCAUACGACUAACAUAUAUUAUCAUCCAACCCUCCAUGAAUAUGCAGAGCUUAUGGCAUCAAAACUUCCUGGAAACCUUAAGGUGUGCUACUUUGUAAACAGUGGCUCAGAAGCUAAUGAUAUGGCCAUCAUGAUGGCAAGAGCUCACACUGGAAACUUUGAUUUCCUUUCUCUCAGAAAUGCAUAUCAUGGUGCCAGUCCAUACACUCUGGGGAUUCUUGCUCACAGCACAUGGAAACUCAAUGUCCCCGUGGGAUUUGGAUAUUUUCAGACUAUGAACCCAGAUGUGUACCAAGGACCCUGGGGCGGAGCUAACUGCCGUGACUCAAUAGCACAGACGGACAGAACAUGUAAUUGUGCGGCAGGUCAGUGUAUGGCUUCCAAGAUGUAUGUUGAUCAGCUGAAAGAUGUCCUGGUGCAUUCGACUUCAAAAAAGGUUGCAGGAUUCAUAGCUGAGCCUAUUCAGGGUGUCGGAGGUACCGUUCAGCUUCCCAAAGGUUUCCUGAAGGGUGCAUACGAGCUUAUACGUGAAAGAGGUGGUGUGUGCAUAUCAGACGAGGUUCAGACUGGGUUUGGUCGUCUUGGCAGUCAUUACUGGGGUUUUGAAACCCAGGGUGUUGUUCCAGAUAUCGUAACGAUGGCUAAAGGUAUUGGAAACGGUUUUCCAAUGGCCGCUGUCAUCACCACACCAGAAAUUGCCCACAGUUUUGCCCAAGCCGUUCAUUUUAACACAUUUGGUGGAAACCCUGUGGCUUCAGCAGUAGGAAAAGCUGUAUUAGAGGCUAUUGAUGAAGACGGUGUACAAAAGAACUGUGAGGUCGUGGGAACAUACUUCUUAGAAGAACUGCUUCAACUUAAGAAAGAGUUCCCGGAUGUAAUCGGUGACGUCAGAGGGAAGGGUUUGAUGAUUGGCGUUGAGUUUGUCACAGAUAAGGAAUCAAAGACACCUUUGCCUCCCGAGAAGUUCGUCCCAAUCUGGGAAGACUGUAAAGACAUGGGAGUUCUUGUCGGAAAGGGUGGACUGUAUGGAAAUGUAAUGCGUAUUAAGCCCCCAAUGUGUAUAACCAAAGAGGAUGUCGACUUCGGAGUUGCAGUUAUUCGUGCGGCCUUGUCCAAGUACUCGCAUGGCAAAUAAAUAACAAUCGUUGGACUUUUUACGAUUACUGUUAGCACCAAUAGUACCUCUGAAUAAGUUGACAUGCCCCACCGACUUUACUACAUUCGCAGUAUAGAAUAUCACAACACCGUUUAAGUAUCCCAAUGAUCUGUCAUGUAGUAAAACUAUUUUUUUAGAGAAUAUUCGUGAAUGAUAAUAAUUGCCAGUAAAACACGAGACAUCCUGAUCGCAUUGAUAAUCAAAGUGGGUCCGUGGGUUUUUCAGAGAUCGAUUUUAGGGAUAUGGACUGUCUUUAAGUGAUGAACAUGUGACUUCUCCCGAUAAUAUCCAUGCAUUAUUCAGGAAACUUGCUAUGGAAAUACUCAGACUUAUCAGGUAGAAGUGGCUUUCUUGAUCCAACACCGAAUUAUCGUGACUAAGUGACACUGAAAUGUGUAGCAGCUAGAGAGGAGAAGCAAUAUCAGAUCUUGGUAGUUGUAGGGUUAAAUGCUUCUUAAAAUCAUGGCAAUGCCUCACAUCAAGUGGACGAAAGUGAUUUACCUACAAAUGGUUUCAACGCUGGGUAAUCAAUAAAAAACAUUGAAUCUAUCGCACAAAUGUCCCCUCUCUUAUUUCUGUUUUAGCAUUCAUAUUGUAUCUACAGAGAUCUGCUCUUGAUGCGCGGUAUUUUUAAGCUAAAGCCUUGCGAAGGAGAAUGAAAAGGUCUCAGGGAACUGUUGAGAGAACCGACAAGGUCCAGGAGAAGUGGUGAUUCUGCCGGUUGCAUUUUUCCAUGAGUCUGAAGACAGCGAUCAACUGUAGGACGUGCGCAGUUCGGUAG